CAGGUGGGCGCCGUGCGUGGCAGACGCGGCCGGCGUUCCAGUCGAGGAGGCGCGUGCCCCAGCCGCGGACGCCGGCAUCUGCCUGGCGGUGGGGGACGAGUCGCGGGGCGUGGGGCCGGAGCUGCUGCGCGCCUGCGAGCGGGUCGCGCUGCCGAUGUCGGAGCUCGUUGACUCGCUGAACGCUGGCGUGGCCGGCGGCAUCCUGAUGCACUCGCUGGCGUGCGCCUGGGUCCGGCGGCGCGCCGGGCGCGGCGCGGACCACGCUCUGGGCGGCGUCGCGUGGCCGGCAGCAGAAAGGCGC